UGCAUCAGAAUAUCCGGGAAACGUCAUCAGCUCUCACCCGGUACUUCUCUGUCUAUACACAUUAGACAGAAAGUUAGCUCUGAAAAUAGCAUUGCUUUUGAUUUGAUAUGGCUGAACAGACUGUCGUAGAGAAAAUGAGUGAACUGCAAGUGGACGGGGAUAAGAAGGGGGCAACUCAAAGCGGUAAGGAUGGAGGGAAGAAGAAAGCCAAAAAUGCUGUUGGGGAGUCGGCAGGCAGGGCUGAGUUGUCACCACUGCCUCAGUACAUCGAUGAGCGCCUUAAUUUGUAUGCAAAGCUGAAAGCUGAGCAUGACACUCUGAUGGCAGAGAGAGCUGCAAAGGAUAGCAAACCCAUCAAGGUGACCCUGCCUGAUGGGAAGGUGGUGGAGGCAGAGUCCUGGAAGACCACACCAUAUCAAGUGGCAUGUGGAAUCAGUCAAGGUCUUGCUGACAACACAGUGAUUGCCAAAGUAAACAACGGUGUGUGGGACUUGGAUAGACCUUUGGAAGAGGACUGUAGCCUUCAGUUGCUCAAAUUUGAUGAUGAGGAAGCACAAGCUGUUUACUGGCACUCCAGCGCUCACAUCCUGGGUGAAGCCAUGGAGAGGGUGUAUGGAGGCUGCCUCUGCUACGGUCCCCCAAUUGAGAACGGUUUCUACUAUGACAUGUUUUUGGAGAAUGAAGGUGUAUCAAGCAAUGACUUCCCAUGUUUGGAAAACCUGUGCAAGAAAAUCAUCAAGGAGAAGCAGCCAUUUGAGAGGCUGGAGAUAAGGAAAGAAACUCUGCUGGAAAUGUUCAAGUACAACAAGUUUAAAUGCCGCAUUCUGAAUGAGAAAGUCACCACUCCCACCACCACAGUUUACAGAUGUGGUCCCUUAAUUGACUUGUGUCGGGGGCCUCAUGUGAGGCACACUGGAAAGAUCAAGGCGCUUAAGAUCCACAAGAACUCCUCUACUUACUGGGAGGGAAAGGCGGACAUGGAAACUCUCCAGAGGAUCUACGGAAUCUCCUUCCCCGACCCCAAAAUGCUCAAAGAGUGGGAGAAGUUUCAGGAGGAGGCCAAGAACAGAGAUCAUCGCAAACUGGGACGGGAGCAGGACCUCUUCUUCUUCCAUGAACUGAGUCCAGGGAGCUGCUUCUUUCUGCCAAAGGGGGCCUUCAUCUACAACACGCUGAUUGAGUUCAUCAGAAGCGAGUACAGACGGAGGGGCUUCCAGGAGGUGGUGACACCAAACAUCUACAACAGCAAGCUGUGGGUGACCUCUGGGCAUUGGCAACACUACUGCGAGAACAUGUUCUCCUUCGAAGUGGAAAAGGAGAUCUUUGCCCUCAAGCCCAUGAACUGUCCGGGACAUUGUCUCAUGUUUGAUCACCGUCCUCGCUCCUGGCGAGAGCUGCCCCUGCGCAUGGCCGACUUUGGUGUCCUGCACAGAAAUGAGCUGUCAGGAGCCCUGACUGGCCUCACCCGAGUCCGCCGCUUCCAGCAGGAUGAUGCACAUAUCUUCUGCUCCAUGGACCAGAUUGAGGAGGAGAUAAAGGGCUGCCUGGACUUUCUGAGGACUGUAUACGAAGUCUUCGGCUUCACUUUCAAACUGAACCUUUCCACAAGGCCAGAAAAGUUUCUAGGAGAACCAGGUGUGUGGGACCAAGCUGAAAAGCAAUUGGAGAACAGCUUGAAUGACUUUGGAGAGAAAUGGGUUCUCAACCCGGGUGACGGAGCUUUCUAUGGACCCAAGAUUGACAUUCAGAUCAAGGACGCCAUCGGUCGAUACCAUCAGUGUGCCACAAUACAGCUUGAUUUCCAGCUACCCAUCCGCUUUAAUCUCACCUUUGUCAGCCGUGAUGGCGGUGAUGAAAUACGACCGGUGAUCAUCCACAGAGCCAUCCUGGGAUCAGUUGAGAGGAUGAUCGCCAUUCUGACUGAAAACUAUGGAGGCAAAUGGCCACUGUGGCUUUCUCCACGCCAAGUGAUGGUUGUACCUGUGGGCCCAACCUGUGAAGAGUAUGCUGAGAAGGUCAAGCAGGAGUUCCACAACGCUGGCUUCAUGGCGGACGUUGAUGUCGACCCUGGCUGCACUCUGAACAAAAAGAUCAGAAAUGCACAGUUGGCACAGUACAACUUCAUCCUGGUGGUGGGGGAGAAGGAGAAGACAAGCAACACUGUGAACGUACGCACCCGUGACAACAAAGUCCACGGUGAGCGCAGCGUGGAGGAGUGCAUCAGUCGUCUCAAACAGCUCAAGUCAUCCAGAAGUCUGAACGCUGAGGAGGAAUUCUGAGCUCUCAGUCACCUCAAGUCACAGAAAAAGAGGCAAUGUUUUUAAGAUCAGGUUUAGAUAAAGAUGUAAAUACCUGCAAAGGUUGCCUAGUCUCCGCUUUUUACAGAAGUAAAUUUUUCUUCUACAAAUGCAAUAUCUGUCUUCCUGGGGUCUUCAGUUACAAAACCGCUUCAUUUAACUGACUAUGGUAAUAUAAUGACAAGGUAUCUGUACUUUGUGCAGUGAUUUAUAAUUGUCUGUCCCUUCUUGUCUCGUUGCAAUGUGAUGAGGUCUUUGAGCAGCUUUACAGAAAACUACUGUAAAUGAAUCAGCUGCAUCUUUAAAUGUUUCUCAAAACUGUUUCCAAAUGUAAUAAACAGAUCAAAACGGAGGGAAAUGGCUUCUUCCGCUGUCCUAACAUUGUCUGUCAUUCAUCAUUUCUUUGGGGAAUUGUAUAUGAGAUACAGUUUUGAUAAUUAAACAUUGACAGCAUA